AUGAAAGCGAAUUCACAAGUGCUGUUUAACGAUGAUGGGUGGUGUUGGAGUGGAAUUAACGGCGGUUCUUGUGAUGAUUUUCCCGUUGAAGACCUUCUUAAUCUUGAUUUUUCUGAUAAGGAUUUUCAAGAGGGGUUGUUUUUAAAUGAAGAUGGAGAGGAGAAGGGUGUACAGCACAGAAAUUCGAAUUCUUCAUCCACUUUUUCCGGCGCCAACGAGUUUGAUAACGUCCCCUCAGGCGAACUCUCCGUUCCGGUUGAUGAUUUGGAGAAUCUCGAGUGGCUUUCUCAAUUUGUGGAUGAUUCUACGUCAGGGAUAUCAUUGUUAUGUCCGGACGGAAGUUUCAUGGAGAAGUUCGGAGAAUUUUCGGAGAACCAAAUUGUACCGGUGAGUAGACCGGAGGUUCAUAAAAUCCGGGUUCCGUGUUUCCCGUUGCCGGUUCCUGGAAAAGCAAGGAGCAAACGGCAACGGCCGAAUGUUAGGACUUGGUCCUUGUCGUCACCGUCGUUGAGCGCCGCCUCGUCUUCUUCUACGACGUCGUCUUCAAUUGGCUCCUCCACGUUGUCUCCUUUUGUGUUCAAAAACGCGGUUCAUGACGUGGACUGGUUUUCCUACGUGGAACAACCGCCAGCGAAGAAGCAAAAGAGAAAACCAAAGGCUGAAAGCGGUUCAGUAACGGGUAGUUCCCAGACUCUUCGUCGGUGUACCCACUGUCUGGUUCAGAAGACUCCACAGUGGCGAACCGGACCGUUGGGUCCCAAGACCUUGUGCAACGCUUGUGGUGUGAGGUACAAGUCCGGUCGGCUUUUCCCUGAGUAUAGACCGGCUUGUAGUCCCACUUUCUCUCAAGAUGUCCACUCCAAUAGUCACCGGAAAGUUUUGGAAAUGCGGCGGAAGAAGGAGAUUGUUGGGGUGGCCGACCCCAUCAAUCCGUGUUUCUAA